CACGGCAACACCGUUCAGCGCCCUUCUAUCAGUAUAAAUUCCGAAGUCCAAAUAGUCUCUUUCGCUUGCCAUGUCUAUCCGUUCCUUUCUUAUUUUAGUGCUAUUUUUCAAGGAUGCUAGACAAAACCCGUUUGAGGCACCCCCUAUUCCCUAUCCAUUCGAUCCCGGCUUUCUGAAUGACACGGAACUGACGAGAGCUUGCUUGCUAGAUCUCACUGCCUUCUAUGCUGGGCUUACCACGUUUACGACUACCUUCGUUGCCUGUAGGCAACAAAACGGUAGUGCGUGUACACCGGCACAGCAAAAACAGCUUGACGAUAAUAUCUUUGCUAUACAACAACUUGAUGCGUUUGGGAAGAUCCCGCCUGGACUGUUGGAGCUCACCAUCAUGAAUUCAGGAUCAUACAGGGAAUGCAUGGAAGUUAAAGCUCCUUAUGAAGUCCAGUAUUGCUAUGUAAAUGCCGCUGUCACCAAUAUGUCGCAAUUUACCGACAUUGAGAUAAAUAUGCCUGCCACAGGGAAUGCUAACAUUGGACCAAAAGUUGCAGUAUGUAUGCCAGAAAGCUGCACAAAGAAGGAUAUAGCGAAUUUUCUGAACGCUGCUAACGCACAACAGUUGAUUCCCUUACAAUUUACGGGAACGAGUUGCGUACCAAAAAGCAAUACGUAUCCAGUAGCAUUUUGGAUAUACAUGGCUUUCCUGGCAUUUUUCAUCUCAUGGGCAAUUGUUGCAACUGGUGUUGACUAUGUAUGGCAAAAUCACUACAAAGAAAAAGAGCAAAACAAAGCUGUGCGUGUGCUACUCACUUAUUCAAUAUAUAGCAAUGGUUCUAUAUUAAUGGACGUUCGCCCACCUAAAAAAGGAACGCUCAAAUCAUUAGCAUCUAUUCGAUUCAUAUCCAUGUCAUGGGUAGCAGUCGGUCACGUUUUGAUGCAGGAAGCUUUCAACGACAGGCUCCAAAUCACAAUGAACGUAUGGGAUCCACCAUUAUCAAACACUAUUACAAAUGGCGUUUUGUCAGUUGAUACUUUCUUUACGUUAUCUGGUCUUCUCGUAGCCUACAUAUUCUUCAAGUCCAAACCCUCCAUCAAAUUCAUCAAAAAUCCAAUGCUCUGGAUAAUGUUUUAUGUGCAUCGCUGGCUUAGACUGACACCGCCUAUAAUGAUGUUUAUUGGUUUCUAUGUAAUCAUGGAUCCUUUCGUUCAUGGACCAUGGGCUCAAUCAAAGGUUGAUCUUAUUGAUCAAGGACCGGAAGUCUGCAAAAAAUACUUUUGGCGUAAUCUGCUUUACAUCAACAACUUCUUCGCGCCUGAGGAGAACUGUUACGCAGUAACGUGGUAUCUGGCCGUUGACACUCAACUUUACUUCGUCGCUCCAGUUUUUCUUAUCGUUUUUGUCAUUUCUCAAUUCGCUGGAUUCUUGCUUGUUGUUGCAUGCAUCGCUGGCAGCGUUGGUUAUGUGUAUGCCAUUACCAUACAAAAAUCGCUACCUGGUGCUAUGGGGAUUCCCCAAGCCAACGCUAUGAUGGACUUCUUCACGUUACAUUAUGAGAAGCCGUGGACACGGUGUACUCCUUUUUUGAUUGGAUUCUUAACAGGUUACGUGCUAGCAUUGGGAAAGAAGCCAAAGUUGAUAAAACGCCUUGUAAUACCAAUCUGGUUGUUGGCAACUGCAGUUGCUCUGGCAUGUGUUUACGGAUCUCAUCGCUACUUAACCGGAGAUGAUGACUGGAAUGUAAUAGUUCGAGCUACAUACAAUAACUUUUCCCGAAUUGGAUGGGCAUUGGCAGUAUGUUGGGUCAUUGCAGCAAAUCAUUGGGAAUGGGGAGGAAUGAUAGCUAAAUUUAUGGACCAUCCCGCAUGGCAACCAUUAGGCAAACUUUCGUACUGCGGCUAUAUUACCCACUAUUUUAUUGCUCGUUACAUUCAUGAUUUAGACGAUCGGCCCACUCACUUCACUUCCCUAUGGCGUAUGUACAUAUAUGUGCUUAUUCCUAACGUUGUUGUUUCCUACGUAUUUUCAUUCUUCUGGAGCUGCUUAUUCGAAAUACCAGUCGUGAAGUUAGAAAAAAUGCUGACCGAUGGUCUAGUACCACGGAAACCAGCUACGGUCAAACCCGUAGAAGAAGGAACUAGCAAAGGAGGAGUUGACCUAACGACGGCUGAACCAGUUACUAAAAAGAAAGGCUCCGAUUCCGGAGCAGCUGCACUUCCCGAGAAGAAAGCAGCUAAUAAUCUCAUGAAUAAGUCACAUCUUCGUGAUUUCCAGGCUCAGGGUAGGAUUCCAUCAACUUGCAGAACUUUGUCUCGCUCGUCUGUAUCAAAGUAG